UUUAUAGCAUUUUGUAAAAUGAAUGUUUGUAGCAGAACCAAACCAUAUUUUAAAGCUUGAUUCCUGUUAUCCAAGAUUUUUAAGUAUCAGCCAAUUAGAAUCCAGUAUUUCCCUAAAGGUUUAUAAUUAACUGUAGAGCCCAGAUAAACCAUUUUUAUUUAAUAUUAGUCUGAAGCUGCUAUUUGCUCCAGUAAUAUCACUCAUCUUAUGGCCCUGUUGUAUCAGUCUCAUCACAUAUACUGAUCUAAUCAUAAAUAUCUUGUGAUCUGCAUAUUAUGUUAUUUCUAAUGAGGUUAUUUUAUAAUACAUUUCUUAUUUCUAUUAGCUGCACCUGUUUAUCAUCAGAACGUUUAUCCCACUGAUCUGUGACUGAUUCUUGUUGUUAGAAAAAACCUUAACACGACCAGAGCACCAAGAGAUAUCAGGUAUUGAUGUAACUGGAGUGAAUAAGGGGGAACCUUCUUCCUGAGCACAGACAUUGGAGCCUGUUAUCAGCAUGAACUCAUAUGUGUUAGAUAAACACGUGAAUAGUUCAUAUCCAUCCUUCACUACAGGAAGCAUCAGAAUGAUUCCACAGGCUCCAACAUUUUUAGACACUAAUGACUAUUCACAAACAUUGGGGAUAUCACAGCAGAUAUUUAAAGGCGAUGGUGAAUUGGCAGGAACUGGGCAGCAAUCAUUAUGUACAGAGAGUAAUUUAGUCAUCAAACAAGAGGACAACCUUUAUGUCUUAUCUAGUGAAAUGAUUAUCCCAGAGAAUAAACCCCACAUAUGUACUGAGUGUGGCAAAUGUUUUAUACAAAUGACAAAACUUAUAGCUCAUAAAAGGACCCACACAGGGGAGAAACCAUUCACUUGUACAGGGUGGGGAGUACAGUUUACCCAAAGUUCCAGUCUCUUUGUUCACAAAAUAAUUCACACAGGAGAAAAACAUUUUAUAUGUACAGAAUGUGGGAAAAUGUUUGCUGACGAGUCAACUUUGCGAGCACACAAACAUAUUUACACAGGGGAGAAACCAUUUACCUGUACUCAAUGUGGAAAAUGUUUUAAACAAAAGGGAAAACUGAAAACUCAUGAAAGGAUUCACACAGGAGAAAGACCUUUCAUAUGUGCAGAGUGUGGGAAAUGCUUCACACAAAAUAAGCAUCUUAGAAAACAUAAAAAGAUCCACACAAAAGAAAAGCCUUUCACAUGUGAUGAGUGUGGAAAAAGUUUUACAGAAAAGAGUAAUCUGAAAAGUCAUGAAAGGAUUCACACAGGAGAAAAGCCUUUCACAUGUACAGAGUGUGGAAAAAGUUUUAGAGAAAAGAGUACUCUGAAAACUCAUGAAAGUUUUCACACAGGAAAAAAGCCUUUCACAUGUACAGAGUGUGGAGAAGGUUUUACAGAAAAGAGGAAUCUGAACACUCAUGAAAGGAUUCACACAGGAGAAAAGCCUUUCACAUGUACAGAGUGUGGAAACAGUUUUACAGAAAAGAGUAGUCUGAAAAAGCAUGAAAGGAUUCACACAGGAGAAAAACCUUUCACAUGUGCAGAGUGUGGAAAAACAUUUACACAUAUAAGUACUCUGAAAAAACAUGAAAGGAUUCACACAGGAGAAAAACCUUUCACAUGUGCAGAGUGUGGAAAAAAAUUUACACAAAUGAGUAGUCUGAAAAAACAUGAAAGGAUUCACACAGGAGAAAAACCUUUCACAUGUACAGAGUGUGGAAAAAGUUUUAUAGAAAAGAGUAAACUGAAAACUCAUGAAAGGAUUCACACAGGUGAAAAACCUUUCACAUGUACAGGGUGUGGAAAAAGUUUUACAGAAAACAGUACUCUGAGAAAACAUGAAAGGAUUCACAAGGGAAGACACUUUUCACAUGUUUAGUGUUAGAUAUAACCUAGGUUACAAUAUCAAUUAUACUCUAAUCCAGUGGUAACUUCUAACGUAUUAUAUAUUUACGUAACAAUAUUUCCAAAGUUCUGAUCAGUCAAUCCUUAUUAAAACACAAUGAUUAUAUGUAUGUAGAAAAUAGAUUUUGAAUCAAUUAUAUAUGUCUUUGCUGUUACAAUUUUCUAUACCAAGCAAGCUAUAAAAUAAAUAUUUAUAUAAAUUAACCUUACUCAAAAUGAAUCACUUAUUAAAAUCACACCUUACUAUUAAACUUACAAGGCAAUUUGUAAUUAGCAAACACAAGUCCAAUGCCAAAAUAUGGAUCACUAACUUACAAUGCUUAAACAACAACUAGAGAAGUCUGUAUAUUAUCAACACAAUAACCAAUUUAUGUGCAGUUCUUAAGAGAUUUCACAAUAAAUAAGACUGACUUAUAAAUAUAGUAUCCAAAAUCUUUUCCAGCAAUAUUUUUUUUUUAUCACCAAUAUAAUUAUUUCUAAACUACACAUAAGUUUAAAAUACAAAAUACCAUUUUAAGUCACCAGCAUCAAUUAAACUACAGCAACAAUAAAUACCUUUGCUUUAAAAUAUUAAAUUACAAAAAUCACCAUACAUUACAAAAUACCCAUAUGAGAGUUCAGCUUUUUCCAAUAUUCUGUUGGUCAUACAUGAAACAAUAUUCCACUAUUUGCCAGGGUAGACGCCUCAAAGUUAUCUUUUUUGUCCAAAGAAAGGGUUCCAACAAAAUGGAGUCAGAGAAACUAGCGCAACGUGUGUAUCUGUUUUAGCCCAGUGAGUGUGUGCCAACCAACCGAGUCUGUAGCCAAAAAGAUCUCCAAGAGGUUUUGUUUCUAUGAAUCUGUUUGAGUCUGUAUAAAUCCCUUCUCACAGCUAGUGUAGCAGCUUUUAUCAGUGAUAAGCCACUCCACUUCUAAUCAUUCCAACAAGAUUGGUUACUCCCUUAAUCGAAGCUUGUCCCUCACCCUUUGAGAAUGUACAUGGCUUUUUUAAAUUCCUUGAUAAUCUAAAAUACCUUUAGGUUGCAAUUCUCACAUAAAACACCAGGGGGACGACUAGUAAACUGGAAUGCAUUUUCAUUUCAUAUAGAAAACAUUCUAUUUCUUAGUAUAUAUUUUUAUUAAAUGUCUAUACUUAAAUAUACUCAUGUUUUCUAGUAUUAAUAAACUUUCUGGACAACA